AAAUCUCUUCUGUCAUUUUCUAAUUUCGUUGCCGCAGCCGAUGUCAAAUUGUAUUGAUUUUUAAUUUUCUGUUAUUGUCGUAAAAUACAUUGCGAAAUGUAAAACAUAAAUUCAUCAAGCCAUGACAGCAAACGGAAAUGGUGGUAACUACGCACCAUUAAAACAAGGCCUCUCCGACUCCGAAUCUGAGGACGAUCAGAAACUAAACAAUGCAAAAACUAUGGGCUCCGAUAGCUGCAACAAUUUAGAUUUCAACAGUGGUCUACAGUCGUCGAAGAAUUACAGCAUGAGCGACAUGGACGAGUACAACACGAACGCGAAUACCGUGGAGAGCACCAUGGAUAACGUGAGUUUCCUGCAGUCGGACAUGUCUACGAAAAUGUCAUUUCCCCGCCGCUGCGCAUUUAUUGCGUCUAUCUUGGUUUGUUUUUUCACGGUCAUAAUUUUCUUGUGGUGCAUACCCUGCUCGAACGUGGGCAGCUGCUCCAGUAACGAGUGGCAGGAGAAAACCGUGAGCUGGGAAAACCCUUACGAUGAGAUCGAACUGUCGGGCGCCGUGCAGGUCGUGGACGGGGCUCUCCCUCACACAAAAAAUCUCAUUUUUAUAUAUCGAGGCAACCACAUGAAGGAGGAGAAGUCAAACAGUAAUGAUAAUGUUAACGGUGUUAUUUUAAUUGUGGGUAGCACAGGGAAAGUCGGAUGGUACACCAGGGAGUCAAGAAUACCCACAGAAAUCAAUUGUAAUCUGAUAGAUGUGAACAGGGACAAGCAGAAGGACUGUAUUGUGUCUGGCACUGAGGGCUUGUUCGCUGCCCUCAACCCCCUAUCGGGUACUUACUACUGGUACAUACACAAGCAGGGGAAAAUUUAUAGUAAUAUUGUAUCAAUAGACUUCCCCAUUGUCAUCAAGGAUACAGAUAAGGAUCAAGUGAAUGAUCUCCUCACAGUGGCGUCUAUCCAUCCUAGUACAAACCACAAUUCCUUGCUCGCAAUCUCAGGAGCUACGGGCAGCAUCAUCGGAGAACCUAUUCUCCUAGAAAACUGUGGAAUGGUUAAACUGCUUAGUGACUCUGAUCCCAUAACAUACAUGUGCAAAAAUGGAACAUUGGAGGAAUUUCACAGAAUACCCUAUAGCCUAUUGUACAAGAAAUUAUUUAAAUUGGACCAACCCACAAACCAAACUGUAUCCACACCGAAAAUCACUAAAAGAGUGAAUGUAAAUUUGAAGAAAAACAUUGGAAAUACAAGGGAAAUAUUCACAAAUGGGCCCGGAAAGCUAGUUGUGGAAAAUUCAGGUGAGUGUCCCAAUUCCUGUAGAGUGAGCCUAAAGUUGAUGCUGGAGAAAAAUGGUACCACAAAUGCAGCCUGGGAGUAUUCUGCCAAUCACAUAUUUGCCAUGCGACCCAGCUCUUUCGCAUUUGCAAACACCAUACGGGGUUUUGUGCUGAAACUAUGACAGUGGAACAGUGCACACCUGGCAAAGGGUGCACUUAAAAUUGAUGAGGUGAGAUACAAUGUUCAAAAUCAGAGCCCGAAGAAUUCAUAUGAUACUUUCUACCGACCUACGAUGAACGUAGCCUCCAUAUCGUC